AUGCUUUGCACUGCCAAUGAUUUACAAGGGUGGAAAGAUUUUUCAAAGGGAUUCAGGGUUCUUCUCCUUGAAGGAGACAACAAUUCUGCCACUGAAAUAAGAAUAAAACUUGAAGACAAGAUUGUUAAAUUUGAUUUCAUUUUCUAUAGACUUCAUUAA